ACAGCGUCGCCCUCGUCCUCCACCAUGAUGCCUAUGCCAUCCUCCUAUUCGCCCAUCUGCUGCCAACCUGACCCUCUUUGUAUCCCUUGUACUUGAUCAGCGCUCGCACCGACAGGCCAUCUGCUUCCUUGGAUAUCAUGAUGAUCUACUGCCUCCAGUCUGGCCGUCGUACCCUCUGAAAGUGGUCCUGAAGCUGUAAUAUACGAGCAUGACACUACACUCUAUAGGCGCAUCCUGCUCUCCCCAGUGAAGCUGUCUCGUGCUGCCGCCUGCCUGGCUUAGGUCUUAUCGCCCCGUCUGCCGCCAUGUCCUCCUCACCCUCCACCAAGCGUAGCCUGAAACCGUCGCCCAUUGCAGCGAACCCCCAACCGAACGUUCAGUACUCUGGGCCGCCAGAGCUGCCCAGUCUACAGCCAGCGGCGUCAUUCACCACGGCGAAUCCAGAGGCUCACACUGGCGCUCAACCGCCACUACCAUCUCCUACGAGCCGAAAGCGCAAGUCUGUAACCCUUGGGCGGCCUCAAGAUCAGAUGGCGAGUACUGCAGAUAGUGCAGAGCCGCAAGCGAGCAGUGCUGUGUUGCCACCGACGGCUGACAUUGAUGCUGCGCAGGAGCCUAAGACUAAGAAGAGUCGGACAAAUACGCCUUGGACGCCAGCUGAGGAAUUGCGAUUGAAACAAAUGAGAGAUGCGGGAAACAGCUGGAGCGAGAUCGCAAAGACGUUCCCGCAGCGGACAGAAGGGAGUGUAAAGAAACAUUGGUACAAGGACAUGCACUAUGCCGAGUUCGCUGAGGAUGAAAGCGCUGCGCUGCUUGCCGCCAUCAAAGAAUACGAUGCCAACAAAUGGAAGGUCAUCGGUCAGAAGGUCGGCAAGCCUGCAAAAGCAUGCGAGCAGUACGCAAAGGAGAAUUUUGGCGGCAAGUACUGAAGGACACUUAUGAUCACAGUCUGCAUCUUUCCGGAAUUAGCGCGGUGGGGCCCGCUUAUGAUACCAGCUUUCCUAUCUUGAUCGAGCAUCGCAUGCGCAAAAGUGCUGUGGGCAUCCGUUCGUCCUUCUUGGUGUUUGCGGGCGUGGUUCUUGGCAGCGGAGUAUACAAG